AUAAGCGGCGAAAAAUUGACAGGUUAUCAAAGAGAAGCACUGGAACAAACAAAAGGUCUUGUUUCUGUACGAAAUAAAAAAGAAAAAUCAAAUUUUUCGUUAAAAAACACAAUCGAAGUGGUGUUAGUUUCUGGUUUUGGAAAGCAUGGUUAACUUAGUCAAGGGAGUUUUAGUUACAUGCGAUCCGGCGAUGAAACAAUUUUUGCUGCAUUUGGAUGAGAAGCAAGCAUUUGGAAAAAAGUUCAUUCUGCUCAAUUUGGACGAUACUCACCUGUUCAUAUCGGUGGACAUCGUAGAAACGCUGCAAAACAAGUUUGACGAUUUGAUGGAUCGCAUCAGUUUUCCAUUGCACGAAAGAGGCGAUUAG